AUGUCGUCACAGUAUGCAUUGGACGCCCCGGAGGCAAUCGGUACGGGUACAAAUGGAGCUCAGAUAACGCCGAAGGCGGCUUCGGAGACUAUCUGGUCGUUGUAUUAUUCUCACAUUUGCACAAGGCCAACGCGCUUGAGUGACUUCAUUCAAGACAAUUUGAGGCGGAACGUGCCUCGGGACUUGUUGGCUGACGGCGGUGUGCAUUGCUCGCAGGUGAGCAGACAAACGGUUACACCGAAGUCUACUGUGCUAGCCGCCAUGAGAGAGGGCGUUUGA